AUGAUGUUCUACAACUCUAUUCUUUCUGGCAUGUUUGCCUGCCUCUUUCUUUGCUGUCCACGGCACACGUACGUGCACGCCCAGGAUGUCAACACUUUCUAUCAAGUGCACGACCUGGUCCGCAAUGGCUUCGGGGACUCCAACUUCAAGACGAUUGUUAGACUUGCCUUUCAUGAUGCAAUGGGGGGCGUGGACGGCAGAUUACAAGAAUCCGAUUCCGAGCACAAUGGCCUCUUGGGAGUGUUGGAAGACUUGGGCGAUCUGUAUGAUGACAAUCAAGCCGAUCUCAGCCCCUUGGGCCGGUCGGAUUUCUUUGCAUGGGCCUAUAUCAGCGCAUUCUAUCUGACAGUUCCUGGCAAUCCCCCGUGGGUUCCCUUGAACUUUGGAAGGGCAGACGUGGGCAAUGGAGCCUCUGAGGACAAGCCUCCUGGUGGAGAGUUUGGCAGCCCGGACCAUUCGGCUGUUCUCAGCUAUUUCUCCUCCAACUUUGGCUUUAGUGAAAAUGAUGCUGCAAUCAUUCUCGGUGCUCAUACGUUGGGCGGAGCAGACACUGGGAAUUCGGGCUUUACUGGUGACUGGACGGACACUCCGGACACGUUUGAUUCUGAAUAUUACGAGACAAUGGAGGAUCCUGGAGGCAGCGGUCGCUGGGAGCAGGUUGAGGAAGGCGACGUAUUCCAAUGGCGUUGGGGAUGCAAUGGUGGAGGAGGUUGCCGUGACCUUAUGCUGAAUGUUGACAUGUCGCUUAUGUUUGAUAUCACGUACGACAGUGAAGGUCGUGCCAUCCUCCCAGCAGGAUCUAGCUGCGACUCGGAUCGUAUCUUUGAUGAUUGCUUUCCUCGGCGGAGUGGUGGCACUGAGGACGUUGUCUCUGAGUUUUCAGGAGGAGGUAACGAUGACAGCUUUCGUUCCCAAUUUGCAGAGGUGUACGGUCGUCUGAUUGACCGAGUCAAGACGUCCUCCUCUCUUAGUAGCAUUUCGCAACCAGGGGAUUGGCCCAAUGGACUCGGUGAUCUCAAUGACGGUGACGGCGGUGACGGAGGUGACGGAGGAGGCAAUGACAAUCCUGACGGCAGUGGUGUCUGUUUCUCGGGAAUUGAUACAGUGGAAGUCGAGAGCCGGGGACGCAUCCCAAUGAAAGAUUUGAAGGUUGGCGAUCUGGUUCGCAGUGGGCCCAGCAAGUCCGACUGGGAGCCCAUCUAUGGGUUUGGUCAUUUGCACCCUACCAAAUCUGCAGCGUACCUGCAGAUCCACACCGAGGGGAAUAGAACGCCUCUGGAACUGACGGGCAAUCACUUGAUCUACAGCGUGGUCCAAUCUACGUUGGAGUCUAAGCUGAUCCCUGCAGCCCAGCUCAAGCCAGGAGACUUUGUGGAAGUGGUGGAAGUAAUAUCAGAGGGCGACAAUGAGGCUGUACAUGAUGUGCACUUGCAUUCCGUCACAGUGACCAAGAUCACGAAGGUCAAAAGACGUGGGUUGUACAUGCCAUUGACUCCCAGCGGCAGAAUCUUGGUGAAUGGAGUCGUCUCCAGUUGCUACGUGUCUCUGAACGCUGAGCUGCCACCAAGUGUUGCCGAGUCGAGUUCCUGGUUCUUGUCAGAAAGUGCAGUGUUGCAUUGGUGGCUAGCACCUCACCGCAUUGCUGUAAUGGCCGGCCUUUCUGGGUCCUUCAUGGACGACAUGGACGAGAAUGGGUAUCUCCAGUGGCUGAUGUAUGGAAAGAAAUUGGCAGAGUACGCAGAAGACCAAGGUUUAAUGAUCCAAGUUGGAUUGAUUGGGUUUCCCUUGCUGGUUGUGUUGGCUGUCAUCAACCUUUUGGAGGCUCUGGUUGGAGCUGCUGGAGUUCCCAAGUUGAUCUUUUGGUUGCUAGUAAUAGUCUGGCUGAUCUGUACAAUCUGUACCGGUACAACAACGGUACAAGUUGGUCAUGGCAAGCCUAUGCAUAUUAAUACCAGUACAUGUACAUGUACUGGGAAGGAUCGCAACAAGAGCAGCCUGUUAUGA